CAAUGUUUGACAAAUGUAUGGACACUGUUGCAUUUCCUAACCUAAUUUUAUGUUAUUUAUCGGUCAAUCCAGAUCUUUAAAUUCUUUUCUACGAAACUACUUACUAAAUAUUCCAUACACCAGCAAGUACCAUGAACAAAAUCACCGACGUUGUAAUGAAACCACUGGAAAAAUCCAUAUAUUUAAAGCCCUACACUAUGCAUUUCACUCAAAACGGACAGAAGAAAACUUGGGACUUAUUGGGAAUUCAUGAUAGUGUGGCAAUUAUAAUCUACAACAAACUCCGAAAAGUGUUGAUAUUGGUAAAGCAGUUCAGGCCUGCCGUGUAUCUGGGUACAAUUGAUCCCCAAGAUCGGCAAAUCGACCAUCCCAUUGAUACAGCCAAAUAUCCCCCAGAAAAUGGCAUAACUAUUGAAUUAUGUGCUGGUAUUGUGGAUAAGCAAUUGUCUUUAGCUGAAAUAGCCAGGGAAGAGAUUUUAGAAGAGUGUGGGUAUGAUGUUCCAGUUGGUUCAUUAGAGCUGAUAGGUUCCUAUCGCUCUGGUGUUGGUACCUCAGCUUCAGUGCAAACAGCUUAUUACUGUGAAGUAACUGACGCUAUGAAGGUAACGCAAGGUGGUGGUACUGAUGAUGAACUCAUUGAUGUAGUUGAAAUGACCGUUGCUGAAGUAAAAGAUUACGUUACUCAAAGAGAUGUUGUAAACAGCCCUCCUAGUUUUCUGUUUGGUAUUUACUGGUUUCUUUUAAACAAAAGCUCUAAAUAUUAAUUUGAUUUAAUAAAUUAACGCAAUACAUUGUUAAGCAAAACAACAUGCAUUUUUGAAAUAUUUCAAAUAUUUAACACAGAUUAUCGUUGUUCUCACUUAGAGUUUAUAAAUCGCUUUAGAAUUCAGCACUUUAAAACAGAUGCCAUUUGAACACUUGGAGCUUAUUCCUAUGUAUUUUGCGUUAAACAGUAUUGGAAGGACAUUUCCAAAGAUAUUAAAGGACCAAUAUUUCGUACGCUUUUUAGAUUUCGUCUCUGUGAAUUAUUUUUAUUGUUAAAGUUGUUAUUGUUGAUAAAUAUAUUAACUUAUAAGUUGUUA